CAAGUUGAAUUACUUCAAGAUCUAUAUAAACAAAAAAUUAAUUUUGAGAAUUCUAGUCAGAGUAUAGAAGAACAAAUUAAUCAAGCAAUUAAAAACAACCAAUUAGAUUCUAUAAUUCUUGUUGAUACAAGACAAUAUCUAACACUUAUAAUUUCACAACUUU